UCGCUCUUAUUUUCCUUUCUGUUUGGAGUUUCCUUCAUUGGUUUUUCUGAGUUGCCUCAAAUGGCAUUUUUGGAUCACGAUAAAACAUGGAGAGUUGUAUCGGUUCUCUUCUUGGUCUCUUUGAAUUUGUUGCAGAGCUUGGUUCUCGGAGCUCCUCAAGUCCCAUGUUACUUCAUCUUCGGAGACUCGCUCGCCGACGAUGGCAAUAACAACAAUCUCCUUACACUGGCCAAAUCGAAUUAUCCUCCUUAUGGGAUUGACUUCCCCGACGGUGCCACCGGAAGGUUUACCAAUGGCCGCACCUCCGUCGACAUCAUCGCUCAACUCCUCAGAUUUGACAAGUUUAUUCCACCCUUUGCCACUGCAAGAGGCAAGGAAGUACUCCAAGGUGUGAAUUAUGCAUCCGGUUCAGCCGGCAUUCGCAAUGAAACGGGACAGCAACUGGGCGAUCGAAUCAGCUUGAACCGUCAGCUGGGAAAUCAUUUGAUCACGGUCUCGCGCGUCAAAGGAAUACUGGGGAGGAAUGCUUCGGCGUACUUAAACGAGUGCAUAUACACAGUGGGAAUGGGGAGCAAUGACUAUAUUAACAACUACUUCAUGCCCGACAUAUACCCGACUAGCAGGAUGUACACGCCUGAGCAAUACGCCGAUGUAUUAAUCAAGCAAUACAAACAACAGUUGAAGACAUUGUAUCUCUAUGGAGCGAGGAAGGUGGCAGUUAUUGGAUUGGGUUUAAUAGGAUGCACCCCCGCAGAAAUAAAAAGAUUUGGCACGAAUGGCUCGGUAUGCGUUGACAAGAUCAACAAUGCUGCUAUCUUGUUCAAUAAUCGGCUCCAACCACUCAUAGUUGAAUUCAAUAGCAACCUCUCGGAUGCUAACUUCACCUACAUAAACGCUUUCGCAAUCUCAACCACUGGUCCUGGCACAGCUGGCCUAAUUUCGAAUGCGACCUGCUGUAAAGUGGAUGAGGAACUGGGCACUUGCGUUCCCUUCAAAACUCCAUGCUCGAACAGGUCGUCAUAUGUGUUCUACGACGACUUCCAUCCCACGGAGGUAGUGAAUUUGGGGUUUGCUGCGAGAGCAUACAAUGCUUUGCUUCCAUCCGAUGCCUCCCCUUACGACAUUCGAAAACUCGCGAUGAUCUGACCAAGGAGAUUGGGAUAAUAUCGGUCACUGCCGAAGCAGUUUUCUACACGGCUGCUAGUGUCUAAACGUAUACGCUAUUGAAUAAAAUCACCAGGAUAAUUCCAGUAAAAUAAGGAGACUGCUAUUUGAGAAUAAGAGCUU